CUGAGAUUUUGUUCUGUAUCAAAAAUGGCGACUUUGAGUAGAAUCAUCAUCAAGAAGGCUGCUGCUGCUGCUCAACCUCCAAUAACCCCGUUAACAAGAAAUUACAGCUCUGCGGUCUUCACAACUACCCCUUUGAAGAACAUCAGCAGUAGUAAUGGUGGUGGUGAUGUGUUGUUUCCAAGGGUUCUAAUUCCAAAUCUUCAUUUCUUCUCUUCUGUGUCUUCUAACGAAGGAGGAGGUCAAGGUACUGAUGAUGGUGAUCACAAUAUGGUUGGUUCUCUUAAGGCCGAGGGACCAAAUGCUUCUCUGGAGCAGAGUGCUCAUGAAAGACCUGACAUUGAGGAUUUGGAUGAGAGGACUGUGCAGCAAGCAUUUAACGAGAAAAACCGAGGUGGUAUGGUCCGAUCAAGAAGUCCUACUUUGAAUCGAACAAGGAGUCCUAAUUUGAAUAAAGCACUUGGCAGGCUAGCGGAAUUGUACAGAAAUUCGACUCAGUUCUCUGGAUCCCCUUAUAAGUAUAGUAGGAAGAGAAGUAUCAAAAAGAUCAACCUACCGACUCAUUACUGCGAGGUGAAUUACAGAACACUAAAAGCUGUUGUAUUUUAUGGACCCAACAUAGAUCACAUCCCUCACGGCAUAAGCAAGAAAGAUCUUAAUCUUCUAGGGGUUCAUCAAGCUAAACCAUGAUGUCGUUAGUUGUUACAUUGUCAGUGACUUCUUUCAAAUGUAAUCUCUAUUUAUUGUUGAAUCAAUGGCGAAGGAAACUUAUGAAAUUUUUGAACAGUGUGUUUGUGAGCUUUCUUUUCAUUCUCAUUAAGGACUCGCAGUUAGGCCUGUAUCAGGCAUGUACCAGAAUAAUUACAUUUUCACAGUCGCACUAUUCCUAGUUAUCCAAUGUUGAUAUGGCUGUAGUUGAAGAAUGCACUUAUUUUUACCAGUA